AUGUGUGUGUGUGUGUGUGCGUGUGUGAAAGAGAGGGAGUCAAAUGAUAACUACAAGUCAACAAAGAUUUUACAUCAUCUGUUCGGUUGCACCAGACAUUCCAUUGAGCCAGCUUCGUCUCUGGGAAAAUUUAACCACCAAAAAAAAAUCUUCAAACUCAAUUAAUAUAUGUUCGGGCGAUCUCCAUGCAAACCCUCUACAUAGUCUCCUCUAUUUUGUCGUUUCAUGAUGGUUAUGAUUUGGUUUGGUUUUCUUCAACAGGUGGUACCAGUACUGCCUCUGCAAUUUCUUCGAGUUUUAUUUCUCCUCCUAAUCUUUUAGUCCUCCUUUCUUGGACUUCAUUGGUUUCCUAAAGGGUCACUGGCUUUGCGAUUUCUCCGAAUUUUCUUCCACUGAUAUUUUUUCUUCUUCUUCUUCUUCUUGGAGUUCAUUGGAAUUAGACUGCUUUUGAUCUCUCCCUUCCCUUCUGUUCUCUCUUUCUCUUUCUGACUGCAAGCAAAAGCUUCCAAUUAAGGAUAAACAUUAGGUGGGAAAAAAAAAAAAGACCAUGACAAAAAGCUGCAAGUCGGAAGAAGUGAGCAGCAUCGAGUGGGAGCUCAUAAAGAUGACUGAACAAGAAGAAGAUCUCAUCAACAGGAUGUACAGGCUUGUGGGAGACAGGUGGGAUUUGAUAGCGGGUCGCAUCCCAGGUCGUACGGCUGAAGAAAUUGAGAGGUUCUGGCUAAUGAGAAAUGCUGAAGCCUUUGCCGAUAAAAGGGGCCACAUUAAUCCGCCCAACGAUUAAUGUUUAUUUCCACUUCUUAAUGUGAUCUUCCACAGAUUUGACUAAUUUUUCCUCAUUCGCUGCAUCAAUUAUCUUAAUUUGGUGGUCUCUAGCAAAUUUUUAGACUGUCCUCUUUUGGAAUUUUCAUUUAUUUUCUGAUUAUUGUAAUAUUUAAUGUUGAAUUAGAACAUCUUCCAUGUGAUAAUUGAUUAUGUCUUUCUACA